AUGUCCAAAACACAAAUAAAGAAAAAGGACUCGACAAGCAAGGUGUCUUUAUCUGACCGGCGUUCAGAUGCUGCUGCGUCUGUGGCUAAUUCGUCCGAGAACCUCGGAGGUGUGGGGAGACACAGAUUCCCCAUUUGGCCUGAGUGGAGUGAUGCUGAAGUCAACAAGGAGAAGUGGGACGCCUAUAAAGGACCUGAAGACAGGACGUUAAACAGAAGUCCUAAUUCUCCAUAUUUUGAAGAUCCGGAGGGGAAAGUUUCUCUGCCUUCAACUUUGAAGGUGCACACCUGGAAGCGUCCCGCAGAGUUUGUUGUUGAAAAGGAACUCACUGUGGUUGACAACCAAAAUAAUUUUGACCUCAUCUCCCCCAACCAUCAUCUCUUCUAUUGUGAGCUGAUGAGAUGGAUCGUCAGUGAGAUUUAUAUUGUUUGGAUGCUUCAUGACCAUACAUCUACACAGCAAGAAGGUUGGAAACCCUGGGAGCACAUCUUUUCACUGUGCAAGGUGGUGAAAGGUCAUGUGCCACUUUACAACAGCUACGGGAAGUACGCAGUCAGACUUUACUGGAUGGGUUCUUGGCGAAAGAUAACUGUAGAUGAUUCUUUGCCAUUUGAUAAUAGGAACAAACUGCUUCUCCCAGCCUCCACCUGUCGAUCAGAACUGUGGCCCAUGCUGCUGGCUAAAGCUCUAAUCAAAGUGGCCUGCACAAAUACAGUGUUCAACGAUGGCAGGGAGAUGGGCCAGUUUACUUUUAUUCACAAUCUCGCUGGCUGGAUCCCUGAAAUUAUUCCUAUAAAAUCAGUGUACUCAUCAAGUGUCUGGGAUUUCCUCCAAGACACCAUUCCUAAAUUUAAACAACAGGAUGAGAGUUUGACAGUGACAAAACCUGACAUGGCAGAUCCUGCUGCAGGGACAGAUUCUUCUCCAAAUGACAAUAAGAGUCUGCUGCCGGAGUCAAACAUCAGCAAAGGUGUCCCUGAAGUAGCGGUGUGUGCCAGCUUUUACACUUUGCAAACCGAUGACAGUUCCUUUGGGUUUGGCCAAAUGGCAAAUUCCGCCGAAGUUUUGCGCACUUACAGCUUAUCCCUGCUGCACAGCCAUGUUGUCCUGCUGACGAGAACCCGUGCAUGCAAGCUGGAGGCCCCACCCAAACCUCCAUCUGUGCCAAGAUGGAAACUCAUUCGUCCACGCAAGAAGAUUGUGGUGUUCUCCGAACCACAGAAGUUUAUUUUUCCAAAACCAGAGCGAUUCAUUGAGGUUGCCAGCCCUUUUCUUUGUUAUGGUGUUAAAAGCAGCAAUGGCUCAAUCCCAGAACUCAAUGCCAAGCAGCGCACUCCAAGGAAGUGGUCCUGUGAGUCCCCAUUGGUGUCCAUUACUGAGACAGAAGAAAAGGAAAAUCCAAAAAGCCUUGAGCCUGAAUGCACCACUACCUCACUAAACAACAUGGAAAAAAUAGAGGUUACAGCAGAGGACAAGAUAAAGGACAGCGAUUCCAUCUCCAAUGAUAGACCGGUAACUGCUAUGAAAAAACCUGUUGCUAAGGAAUCAUCAAAUGUUAUCACCCCCCUGCAGAGGGCCUGGAUAGAUGCUGAUGACUUUGCAAAAUGCUUCCAGACUCUCCUGGUGUUUUAUAAGCCACACACCUAUCCUCAUCAGACACAAAAGUCUCUUUUUAAGAGUGCUGUCCUAUCCAAAACUACAGGAAGCAGUGGAUCCCCGAUUGUCGCAAGCCCUGAAUGUCCAGAAGUGAAAGGCGUUUACUACCUGUGUGUGGACAGUCUACAGCCUUCUCAGAUCCUCAUCAGUUUAUCUGCUCUUCUUCUCUGGGGAGAUGCAGAAAAGGAAAUGUCUAGUGUUUGUAGAUCUGCAGUGCUGAUUAUUCAGCCUCACUCCUGGACAAGUGUGCAGCGUCAGCUGCCAGUUCUCACCAUCAAGACCUCCUGCUCAAAGGCAGCUAUCCUUAGCAUACCCACAGGUUUCUACAUUAUUAACCUGGACAUCCUGGAAGGGUUCGCUCUGAACACAGUAGAAAUAGAUACAGAUUCAGAAUCGGCAGAAAUCUGGAGCAACAGGCAGCCAACAGACGAGGAGGUUCAUGCAGCAACUAUUCUGCAGGCUGGAUUCAAAGGGUCUAUGGUGCGAGAGAUCCUUAAUGCUUCAAAACCUGGAACGGAGGAGAACCUUAGAGCUUUUGAGAUCCUUUCAGACAUGUGGCCAAAGAUCGAAUCGGAUGCAGAUAAACAUGCUGCCGUCUUGCUACGGUUCAUCAUUAACAGUUCGAGGACGACAGACAAACUUGGCCAUUGUUUACAGGAUGAAUGGAACAAAAUCAUCUUUGCUGAUUACUCCGUCUCUCUCCAAGACUCACCCAGCUCCUGGGUGUUGCUCUUUAGAGAGGUGUUCCUUGUUCCUACGGAGAUGAUGCUGAUGCCCAAAGUUUACUCCUCCAUCCCCAAUUGUCUGCUGCAUGUCAUAAACAAUGAUACAGGAGAGGAGGUGAACGUGCUCAGACUGGCACCCUGUGUGUAUCAACCCAAUGAGCGUGGUUAUACUUUUGUAGCAGAGGCUUUCACUCAUGAAAUACCCUCUGGUGGUGCCAAGUGGAGGAUGCGGUUGAUCGGCACAAACGAACUUCCAAAACUGUCUCGUGAAGCUCCUCUUAAUGCAUUCUCUGUGACGGAAGUCCGGGAUUAUUACGUUCCAAAUGACAAAAAUGUUAUAUGCCGUUGCUGUGUUCAGGUGGCCACAGACAACAUGGUAACAAUUCAGUUUGAAACUUCCAACCCAAAUGUUAUAAUACGCCUGUCUGUUCUGGACCAGGAGAAAGAAGUGGCUGGCAGCACUGGGAAGGGUUCUGUCAUACUUCCUGUCUUCUACUUCCUUGCCAACAAAGAGCCCAGUUGCACAGAAGAGAAGAAACAGAUUGAAUCCUCUACCAAGGAUGCACCCCAGCAAAGAAAUACGGCAGAACGUACAGUUGUACAAUCAGACUCCUCAUCUGACCAGAACCAGACUCCCACACCAACGAUGGAUCACAAGUAUGUGGUGCAGACAGAAGUACUGUAUAAAAGCUGGAAUUUGGAUGAACCUCAGAUGACUUUUGCCCCUAUUGUCGAUGGCAUGAAGAAGAAUGAAGUGACAGUGUCUUCCUCUGCAACUAACACAUUAAACAAGUGGAAACAAUAUGGAAACAAGUCUGACACACACAAAACCAACAGAAAAGGAGAAAGUGACAAAGAGAAGGGAAGGACAUCUGCCACCUCCAAAUCUGGUCCCAGGCAGGAAAUGAUAUUUGUCCAUGCGAACGUGACCUUUAUUUUGUGUGGGUUUGUGCAGAGCAUAGACCUGAUUAAGCCCAACUGGACGCUGCGUAUCGUCACUGAGAAGAGCAAAGCAGAGAGCAUUGAGGUGAAGAGGGACACGGAGCGAAUAGACCAGAUUAAAAGCAUCAAAAAUGCCUGGGAAAUGGUCGAGCCAGGACGGUGUGGCAAGGCUUUACAGUCCCGACUUCAGUUUAUUAACCCAGUUAAAUGUAAAGAAAACGAUGGAGCUGCUUCAGGUGAAACCAAAAACACACAAACAGCUCCAUCCAGAUCUGAUCCAGAUACCCAUCUCAGUCCAUCCAUAGAAAAACUGGGUGGAACCUCCUGUUCCUCUCCUCACGCAGACUACAGUCACCUCAUCAGACACCAAAAGGAUUUUCCAGAGUUAAAGGAUGCUCACAGAGAGCAAGUCCAGCAGAGGGAGCGCUUUGAAAAGAUCCAGACCUACCGGUUGGCCCGUCAAAAUGUGCUGGAGCACCAUGAGAAACAGAUGUCUGCACAGCAGGGGUUAAUGUGGCAUCAGCUGGAGAUGUAUGAGAACAUGCAGGCCGAGUGUGAGAAAUUAUAUGAUGCUUGCAAAGCAUUUAGUAACUGUCAGAUGGCAUCCAUGAAAAAUGAACAAGAGAAAGCAGCACUGGAGGAGGUCCAGCCAAAAACAACUCCCACCUCAGCUGGCGCUAAGCAGCCCAAGAAACAUGCCAAGAGUGCUGGGAAGAAGAAAUGA